UUUUGCUUCAUUUCUCCCUUUCUCUCUAUACCUUUUUUUUAUCGUCUCUCUCAAUAAGCACAUAGAAGGGAAUUGAGUGGGUGGUAAGUAUCAUCUGUAUUUUUGGUAAGAAAUUGAAGGAUAAAAAAUGAUGAUGAUGACAAUGGAAGGAAUGAUGGACGAGGGAGUAUUGGAUGAUAUAGUAAGAAGGUUGUUGGAAGGUAAAGGAAGCAAACAGGUUCAGCUCUCUGAAGGAGAGAUCCGUCAGCUUUGUGUUAAUGCUCGUCAAAUCUUCCUUUCACAGCCUAAUCUGCUUCAGAUUCAUGCCCCCAUUAGAAUCUGUGGUGAUAUCCAUGGACAAUACCAAGACCUCUUAAGACUCUUCGACUAUGGCGGCUUUCCUCCCGCUACGAGCUACCUGUUCCUUGGGGAUUAUGUGGAUCGAGGCAAGCUAAGUUUGGAGACAAUAUGUUUGCUUCUGGCCUACAAGAUUCGUUAUCCUGAUAAGAUUUUUCUCUUAAGGGGAAACCAUGAAGAUGCAAAGAUCAAUCGAAUUUAUGGGUUUUAUGACGAGUGUAAAAGGAGAUUCAACGUUAGGCUUUGGAAAAUAUUUACGGAUUGCUUUAACACGUUACCCGUGGCUGCACUCGUUGAUGAGAAGAUACUUUGUAUGCAUGGAGGGUUGUCUCCGGAGUUGGAAAAUUUGGAUCAAAUCCGGGAAAUUCAGAGGCCAACAGAGGUUCCCGAUAAUGGUCUCCUCUGUGAUCUCCUUUGGUCUGAUCCUGAUCCCAAGGUUGAGGGCUGGGCAGAUAGUGAUAGAGGAAUUUCAUCUACUUUUGGACCAGAUGUAGUUGCAGAGUUCUUGGACAAGAAUGAACUUGAUCUCAUUUGUCGAGGACAUCAGGUUGUGGAGGAUGGCUACGAGUUCUUUGCUAGCCGAAGAUUAGUAACAAUAUUUUCAGCUCCAAACUAUGGCGGAGAGUUUGACAAUGCUGGUGCUUUAUUAAGUGUUAAUGAAGCUCUUGUGUGUUCCUUUGAGAUAUUGAAACCCGCUGAUAAUAAAUCGUCAUCGAGUGGUUCGAAACCCCUGAAGAAGCCACCAAAGAUGGGAAAGGCUUGAUGUUCCAUGAUGUAGGAUUUUCUGGGGAUGUCAUUCUGCUCAAAUCCAAGUUUGAAUUCCUCAUCAUACAACGCAUGGCUAUACGAGUAACCUUGGAUGAGAUGGAUUCUUUACUGGCAACGAUAUCAUCGGGAAAGUCUGUAAAUUAACCACCCACUUCACUAUUGUGCAGUAGUAAAUA